GGCCCGUUAAUGCCCCUCUGCCGGCCAUAGGAAGCGGCGCCCAUCAAUCACGCCUUCGCGGCGCGCUGCAGAGAGCCUGGGACUUCCAGCGCCCCGACCUGCUCCACACAAGGCGGGUGUCCUGCGUGGGAUUGGGCGAGGGAGCGGAGCGGCUGGCGGCUGGCGUGGCUCCCCCUCCCUUUCGAUUUGACGUGCUGUGAUGUCAGUCAAGGGUAUUCGCCGUGCGGGGAGACGGCUCGCCGUCGGAGGGGCCGGGUAGAGAUGGAGGAGGAGGAGGAGAGAGGAGAGAGGGGAGGAAAAAAAAAAACAAAAACAAUUCGUGCCGGCCGCCAUCUUGAAUCGGGUCUGUUUUCGCUGAAUGAGAGAGGCUGCGAGGAAGGCAGGCGAGAGAAGCGAGCCAGCGCCGUCAAGGAGUCUCUCUGACAGCUUGGCCGCGGAGGCGAGGGGUCGCCUGGCCAGGUGACUGCACGGGUUUUCCUCCGGCGUCGUGGUGGAUUUUGCGAGUCUCUGGUGGAGCACUGAAGUUAUUUUGAAGUGCUAGGUUCGGACUUGACACCUCAGAUCGGGUACCUACCCACCACAGCAGACAGGCAGGCAGGCAGGCAGGCGAGAGGCAGCAACAGGACUGUGCUGUUUUCCACCACCCCCUCCCAAAACAAACCACCAAGAAAACGGGAAUCUCGCCUUUUCGUCCUCGGUGCAAUUAUGAAGAAGCCUGCGCUUGUGACAAGUCGUUGCCACGCAUUUUUACACUCGGCGUUUGGAAACGUGGACUUGAGAUCCAAAUAGCAAGGAUUUUUUUUUUCUGUUCGGGGAGGAUCACUCGUGUCGGGGGGGGAUAAAGUGGCUCGUUUUACGGGGACGUUAUCGUCGCUGGGAGAAUUUUAACCAGUAUUAGUACAUGUGCAUCCACCCUCCCAGCGGCUGAAUACAAUGUCCAUGUGUCGUGAUUGAAUGCGUUAUGAACUCGGCUGAUAUUAUGCAAAUCCCUAUAUGUCACAGAAUUCGGACAGAUGACUGCUGCCUUGUGCGUUCGCUACUGUAGUAUUCCUGGAGAAAACUGAAAAACACUACAAGAAAACAUUUUUUAAAACCUUUCUAUUGCACAUUCUCCAGCUUUCACUGGGGGAUUCGGUGCAUGGUCCGUAAGGAAAGGUAUUUUGUUGCAAGCAGCAAGCGACGAUGUUUUUCUUUUUGAUCUGAAGAUUUUUAAUUUAAAACAACAACUACUACUACUAGCAUCUGGACUGAUCGGUGCCCAGGCGCCUUCGGCUUUGCGGGCAUCUGCGAACUGAACACGUGGCGUCUCCGAAAUAAGAUCAUUUUGAAAGAAAAAAAAUGUCAAAAAACAUGUUGAUGCUCUCAGCCAGUCAAGUGACACAUGUCUCUUGAGUUUCAGGACUGUACACGCAAAAUUCAGGAGCGGGGCCUGCCCUGGGACUUUGCCAGCGGCAGUUUGUCACAGUAAAAUUUUUAAGAAAUUUCUUAUUCCUUGAUUUAAGGCUUGGCUUUCAUUAAAAAUAUAUAUACGAAACAUAAACGCGCACAUCUAUGACUCAAUAAAAGAAGACAUUUUACGAGUGGGUGCUCAUCCUGGGAAUUUCGUCGUUUUUAAGGAUUUUAUUGCAAUACCGGAUUGGUUCGCGGACUGAAAAUGGGAGCAGCGACGAAACUAGCCUUCGCCGUUUUCCUCAUCUCCUGUUCCUCAGGUGCAAUCCUUGGCCGAUCGGAGACACAGCAGUGCAUUUACUACAACGCCAGCUGGGAGAAGGACAGGACGAAUCGCAGUGGCAUCGAGCCCUGUUACGGGGAGAAAGAUAAAAGGCGACACUGUUUUGCAACUUGGAAGAACAUCUCUGGAUCUAUUGAAAUUGUCAAGCAAGGCUGCUGGCUUGACGACAUCAACUGUUACGACAGAAAUGACUGCGUGGAGAAGAAGGAAAGUCCAGAUGUCUUCUUCUGCUGCUGUGAAGGCGACAUGUGUAACGAAAAGUUUUUUUACAACCCUGAAACGCUGGGAAUACAACCAACCUCCAAUCCCGUGACACCAAAGCCCCUGCUGUUCAACACUCUGCUGUACUCCCUGGUGCCCAUCGUGGGAAUCGCUGCUAUCGUCCUUUUCUCCUUCUGGAUGUACCGGCAUCACAAGCUGGCCUAUCCCCCAGUCCUGGUGCCCACUCAGCACGCCUUUCAUAUAAUGAUAGAGGACCCGGGACCUCCACCCCCUUCUCCUAUCCUCGGACAAAAGCCAUUGCAGUUGCUGGAGAUCAAGGCCAGGGGGCGAUUUGGCUGCGUCUGGAAGGCUCAGCUGCUUAACGAAUACGUGGCUGUGAAGAUUUUCCCUCUGCAGGACAAGCAGUCGUGGCAGAAUGAGUACGAAAUCUACAGCCUGAGUGGAAUGAAACACGAGAAUAUCCUGCAGUUUUUCGGUGCAGAAAAGCGAGGGACUAACAUUGACGUGGAGCUCUGGUUGAUCACGGCGUUUCAUGAGAAGGGCUCAUUGACUGAUUAUCUGAAGGCAAAUGUCGUUUCUUGGAACGAGCUGUGUCACAUUUCUCAGACCAUGGCAAGGGGCCUGGCCUACUUACACGAAGACAUCCCAGGCCUUAAAGAGGGACACAAGCCAGCCAUCGCCCACAGGGACAUUAAAAGCAAAAACGUGUUGUUGAAGAACAACCUCACAGCGUGCAUCGCUGACUUCGGUCUGGCUCUGAAAUUUGAAGCUGGGAAGUCUGCAGGAGACACGCAUGGUCAGGUUGGGACCCGGAGGUACAUGGCCCCGGAAGUCCUGGAAGGCGCCAUAAACUUCCAGCGAGACGCGUUCCUGCGGAUAGACAUGUACGCGAUGGGCCUGGUGCUGUGGGAGCUGGCCUCUCGGUGCACAGCGGCGGACGGUCCAGUUGACGAAUAUAUGUUACCCUUUGAAGAGGAGGUUGGCCAGCAUCCAUCCCUGGAAGACAUGCAGGAGGUGGUGGUUCAUAAGAAGAUGAGGCCUGUGCUGAGAGAGUGCUGGCAGAAACACGCGGGUCUGGCCAUGCUGUGCGAGACCAUAGAGGAGUGCUGGGAUCAUGAAGCAGAAGCCAGGCUGUCCGCUGGCUGCGUGGAGCAACGGAUUAUUGAAAUGCAAAGACUGAUGAACAUCAUUACGCCAGAGGAAAUUGUUACUGUGGUCACCAUGGUGACAAACGUAGACUUUCCACCGAAAGAAUCAAGUCUAUGAUGGCUGCAUUGGUCAAACAAUGUGUGCAGAACACAUCAACACAAACACAACGACCAAUCAGACUCAACUCCAGAGCUGCUAAAAUAACUCAUCUGGUUACCAUUUAGACUCAAUAUUGUGUUCUCAUGUACAGAACAGUACAGCAGCCAACGCAGACAGGAAAAUCAGGAAUUGAAGAACGGGGACUGUUUUCUACCAACAACAUUUAGUUACAUGUGUGCCUGAAGACUUGCAUCUGUCUCUUGUAAGUGAUGAAAAACGCAGAAUCAAAAUCAGGAUCAUUCAAAUUUGAGAAGAGGUAGAAAAUGUCAUCAUCUGCUUGGCAAAGGACAUUGUAAUUUAAACUGACUUUUGGCAGGUAUCUUUCUUUUUUAUCUUGGGUAAAAAGACUUCCUCAAACGGACAACUGCUAGUUUUUUAAGAAACGAAAGACUAUACAAAACCCAACACAGUUCAUUUCAUUUCAGUAUAAAAAAGGGCAACUUGUUUUUAAUGCAUUUGCUGUUUUGUGUUUAUAUAAAUGACUAUUGUAAUGCCAAUAUGAAACAGCUUGUGAAUGUUUAGUGUACUGCUGCUGUACGUAUAUCAACAAAAUGGUGAUCAAGGUUAUUUGGUGGGAUUUGCUUCCAAGCAUUAUUUUAAAUAACCAUAAACCUCCCUCAACAAGGUAUACCUCAGUUCCGCAUUUGACAAGUAACGAUUUCUUGAACGCUAAAACAGUCGAAGUGUUGGACGCUCUCUGGCGGUUUUUAUGCAUUUGACAAGAAAAGGCAACAGCAUGUGAUGGAAGAUGCCAACAGACGAAUGGCCAUUCAUGCAGCACCGAUCCUCGGCCUCCUUUCGGGCUUUUAGAUUGUGGUGUAUUUCGCCCUGCUGUUUCUCUUUUGUUUUGAGCAUUGGAGCUGUUUAUUUUCAGCAAAACCUUACCGUUCCUGUAAAAAAAAGAAUAAAAAAAUACAGUACUCCCCAAGUUUUAAGUUAAAAAACCCUUCAGCAGCACUUCCCUGUUUAGGCUUGCUGUGUCUAUGGAGGUUGUCAAGAUGUGCGCACGCCUUCUUAGUUUUCCCCUUCCACCCCGUGUGAGCUGUGACACUGGUGUUCCUACCUGAACCUAGUUUUGCUAAAUGUCUUUCCUUUCUUUCUGUUGGUCUGUCUCUCUUUCUGCGCCUGUUCCUGGAAGUACAGUUAACAGUCUGCUGGUUUCACUGUAUUAAAAUGCACCUCAGGAAGCUGUAUUUCUCAAACCCCUCUCUCUGCUUUGAGCUGCAAGUGACUUUUUGUGACACUCGUUCUGGUGCCAUUAUUUAAAGUAAAUAUUCAACAUCUGUGCUGGUAGCUAUUCCCCUCCUGACAGGAUAUAAGCCACAAAUUGAAAGAAUGUUCUUUGUACUUGUUAAUGGAACACAGUACAUACAGAAUAUUACACCUAUGUAUGCAUUGAAGGGUAUUUUAGUACUUUAGUACUAUGACUUUAAGGAUCGGGUUUCUUAAUGGAAAAAUGAUUUAUAGGAAUGCUAUAUAUCCAAUAUAGUCAUAUAUAUAUAUGCAGAUAUAUGCUAUAUAUAUUGUUUUUGAGCACUUAACAUUUUCGAUGACACUUGCAAAAAUAAUUGACUCUAAUUUUGUAUUUAAAGUGUAUUUUUUAUUUUCACAGAUGUUCAAUAUUGCUUUUUUUAAAACAAAACAUUCAGGGAUACAAUACUAUGCUUUACUAAGUUAAUUACAGUAUAUGCAAUCAGUGCAGGUACAGCAGCUUACUGACAAUGCCAGUGAGGCGACCUUUACAAAGUUGUAGCAUUUUUAAAGAAACUUUCAAGUGCUGUUUUAUUUAUUGAUGUACAAUAAAUUGCCAUGCCUGAGGACCACAGGUCAGGAGCAGGUGCCACUUUUAUUGUGUGGGAACACUAACUAACCCUUUACCUGUCUGAGAGCACCGGGGCUGGUGGGACAGGGCACCCAGCGAGCUGAGGUGGGCCGGGCCGGCCCGGGCCGCUGGAUCGGAACAGUAUUCGCGCAGAAACAAAGCUGACGAGGGAGGGGGCCACUGCCUGGUUCCGAGGAAUAUUUUCAGUACUGUGAAUAUUUUCGAACAUUGGAACUUUGCAGCUCUCCGAGCGUUCGUUCGUUCCGAUACUAAAUUUGCCGAGCAAAUGCAUAACUUGCUGCAGCAAUCUGCGAGAAUGUCAGUAAAAUCGUCACAGGUCUCCAAGCAGGGAGGGGUGGAAGGCACCAUAUGCAAUUGCCUCUAUCUGUAUAACACCUGCCAUGUGUUGGUCACCGUUUUGUCCUGGCGCUAACGAUAAUGAUCAAUGUAGCCAUGUGGCUCGACCCUCUUCUGGGUCACCAGUACUUUCGGGUGUCAUUUGUCUCCUGUUCCUUUAACUAGACACACAGGCCUGCAGGCGUCCUCACGGCUCCAGCUGCUGCCUGCCGCUUCUCUUCCCCCCUUCAGCGCUACAGCCCCGGGAGACGCGUGUUCCUCUGGGCGUCAUGGGCGGGAGGGCGAGGUGGUCAAAUCGCGGCUACAUGUAUCUCUUUCCCGCAGUCGCAAGCCCGGGCCUCGGCUGUAACCGCAGGGUUGGCAGAACUCCACACCAGAGCUGCGCAUCGUGUAAAUAGUUUCCGCUCGAAUGUGAUUUAGCAUGGAUUUACCCCCCCGAAGACGUCACAAUGCAAAAAACACACCGUUUUCUUUUUAUAAAGGUAUCCGUUUCAUAACAAAAUGUAGCGUUUUUGAUUUUGAGAACGUCACGUUUAGGCCCAAGUAACGUAACGUUUUUUUUCCUUUAUAUACAUUUUUAAUCUGUAAAAAAACGCCACAAAUGACACCCUUGAUCUUAACAUUGUUUACCUCAAAGCUCUGACCAGCAGUGUUUUCUAUGAAGCGGUUCAGUUCAUGUGACACACAUUACCUCUCAAUAUGCCAGAAAGCUAAUAUGUUGAGAUGUGUUAGCUUUGUUUCCUGUAUCUGCCGAUGACCUCUGGGUCCGGGGCACAGAUGACUGUACUACUGUAAAAGUGUACUUGCCAUUUUUAUUUUUUGCAAGUAUUUAACAAAAUUUCAGAGGCCUGGUUGGAAGUGAUUGUUAAAUAUUGUACAGAUAAAAUGUAUGCUAUCCCCUCUACAAUAAAGUAUAGUGACUGCUCUGGCUUGUGUAUAUCUUACUGCUUUAGUGCCACCUACAGCUACCACUGUGUGAGCUGAAGUUGCCAGUCGUGGGGUUAGCAGCACUGCUUGUAGCAAAUGUACUUUGACUUUCAUGAAUGUUACUGAAGUUAAAAAUUGUAAUCUUUUCAUUACUUAACACUAUACUGUUACCACGCAGAAAGAAAAAAAAAAACAGGAGUUAAGUGUUGUUUUUUUUUAUAAUCUUUGAGGAACUAUAUCUGUAAUGAAUCACAUUGAGCAUUGAAAAUAAAGCUACUGUUGUGCACUUGUA